AUGGGUGGGGCUGGAGACACGUGUUCCCAGCCCCACCCACGGGAAUCGUUUAUUUGCGGACGGAAUUCUUUCGUAGGAAUUCCGAAACCUAUCAUAGGACCUCAUAGGAAUGUCGCACCAAUUAUAGGAAUAAAAAAAAUUCAGGGAAACCAAUUAUUAGCCAUGGGUGGGGCUGGAGACACGUGUUCCCAGCCCAAAACACGGGAAUCGUUUAUUUGCGGCCGGAAUUCUUUCGUAGGAAUUCCGAAACCUAUCAUAGGACCUCAUAGGAAUGACGCACUAAUUAUAGGAAUAAAAAAAAUUCAGGGAAACCAAUUAUUAGCCAUGGGCGGAGCUGGAGACACGUGA